UCAAAGGCCAGUCCGGUACGUCGCGCACGCUAGGCACGUUUGGCGAAUUUCCUUUAGCCGUACUUACCUCGUCGCAAAGGGCAACAACACGCGCGGUUAACAUAUUAUUUACAAUCGGCAUGAUAAACACCGAGUCGUCGAUCAUAUCAAGUGUGCAAAUUCGUCGCCCCUUUAAUCGACUAACUAAACAAAACUGUAUCUGAUCGGUUCACGGUUUUUUUUUUUUGUUUAAAUUCGAAAAUUUCCGUUCGAGUGUAAUUGUCUUGUAUUUUUGUGUCGAUAAAAAUAAGAACUUAUUGGAUACCUACGCAGCGACAACGCGGUCGUCCAGACGAAACCCAACAAUCGUCCUAAACAAUGUAAUCGAAUGGACCACACGUGGGAAUUGAUUAAAUUCUAAAAAAAAAAAUAUUGACUAGUUGUCAUGAUCGGCGCACCGAAUUUAAGAGGUCCUGGUCCCAACGGAACCCUGUACAACGGCAGCAGCAGAGCUUUUCAAUGUCAUCCACAAGGCGAAUCCGAGGCUACCAUUACGCUCACGUUGGUCGGCUUAGGAAUAAUAGCCAACUCGGUGCUAAUGGCUCUAAUCGUAUUCAACAAACACUUGAGGAGGUGGUCGCAGGGUUUGUUGUUCCACCAGGCCAUGGUAGACUGCGCCAGAGCAGCUAUUUUGAUACCGUUGGCGCACAGUUUGCUCUAUUGCGUACCGGUAAAAAAAUGCAGUCUGGUCGAAACGGCGUUUCUGCUACUGGUAACCGUCUCCACCAUAAAUAUGUUGACCAUCGUGCUCAACGAUUCCCCUGUGUUUCCUGAAGAUGACGAAGAAGACGGAUAUCAGGUCUCCUCAGUGCCGUUACUGUUGGACUCGCCGCAAUGCGUUGUCUUCGGUACGUUCAUGAUAUGGUUUGCAGCAAUAACAAUCAAUCUGGGACCGACUUUCAUGAGCGGUGCCCUGGCGGCCGGCUCCGAGGUGACAAGGGAUCGACCUGGCUGUCCGUUGGUACACGGUCCGUUCAGACAUUACAUACUUAACGCACUUUGGAUUAUCAUCAACUUGCUGUGUGUAAUGUUAACGCUAUUUCACUUGCGCAAGCUACACAGGGACUUGACCAAGGCAAACGUGGAGGCCGUUAGGGUAGCCGGCCUGGUAACCACCCUUGUCAACGUUACUGGUAACAAUUAUAAUUCGGAUCCUCGGAAUGGACCCAGGAGGAGCUUGGGCGCGGUUGAAGAACACCAGAGAAUGCGAAACUACUUGUUGCGCAUCGAAAGAGAAGGCGUUCAAAAAGUCAAAAUGUUCGUGGUGAUCACCGCUGCAUAUGUAAUAUUCUGGGGACCUUUGUUCUUUGUCACAUUGGUGCAACACCCGUUAUCUGGCAACCAUUCGGACUACGAGGUAACCCUUCACGUGGCUAAUGGUCAUUCGUUCGUGAAUGCUAUGCUAUUCCUAGUUUUGCACCGGGGUCUCAGACAGGCCGCAGCCGAUGCUUGCUGUUCCAGUGUGUCCGCCUUAGGAAGAUGGCUGACUGUAGGAUGGUCCCCGGAGCCGUACACGUUAGACACGGUCAUGCCAGGAGCCUCGCCGGAUCCAGUGUUGGCUGCACCGCCACCACCUCCACCCGUCUGCCUACCAGCUUAUUCCAUGCGACACUCAUCAAUGCGGACACGUUCAAUGAACAGAUUCCCAAUGCAUCACCGCCGGGACCCCGUCUACGAUUAUCAUUCGUCACAUCCAAAUUUGCAAGACCUGUCCGCCAUCAACAUGAACCGGUUGUAUAACAGUCACGAGUACCUUCCAAACGAAUAUUACAGACGCUAUCAACCAAACUAUUACAAUAAUUAUCACCGGGAAACUCCGGCGUUUUCUUCUUCUCCCGAAUGAUGUCCACGGCCGUUUUCGAGGUCACUUUCUUAUACCUACUUCUCCCAUGCCAAAACGUGACAGUGAUGCGGGUGUUCUCAAGCAAGUGCAAAUGUCUCUCGUCCGAUUUUCGAAAUCCAAAUUCUGUUCCUUUCUUUUUCCCGAGUGCCCGCACACUUCACAUUUGGUAAUUUCAAUUAUCAUAUAAUAUAUUUUUCCCCAGAGACCGCUCAUCCGGCAAUCGGCCCAGGUUUUUCUAAUCUUUUAUACAUUUACAUUCUUUUUGAGCUCACAACUUUGGUUUUUCUCUUUUUUUAUACUUUAUACUAUGAUUGAUAUAUUCUGUAUUUACUACUACAUUACAUUAUGUUGUGUGUGUGUGAUUCUUUAAUAUUUAUGUUAUUGUAAGCGUACAGUUUUAAAUUAUUAUAAUAUUAUCGUUUGUUCUUAUCUCGAAUUUGUAUUUCUUGUUUUAUGUGUAACACACAACACGGAAAAGAGUUCAUAUUUAUAACAUAAGACAUUGUACGGAAUUUAUUGUACGAUGUAAGUGUUGUUUAAUAUUAGAUUAUAUUAUUAUAACAUAAUAUAUUACAAUUAAUGUUUAGUACAGUUGUAAGUCUGGCCACAGCUGCAGCUAGGUCACUUAACGAAACCAGGGACGGAUCCAAUCAUCAAAAACAAGAAAAACUUUUUUAUUGCUAAAAACUAAACGGGUACUAUAAAAAAAAGUAUCUUACCUGUAGUGUAUAAAAUAUGUAGUAUUUUGGUGUAUAUGUUGAUAUAUUAUAAUUUAUAUUAACCAACUGUCUUAUACUUUGUUUCUAUGUACAUU